AUGCCAAAGAAAUCUGUAUCUACUACCUCUGUUAAACAAACUACCAAUGGUAAACAUCUAAAGCAUAAGAAACAAUAUGGUAUUGGUGGUGGUGGUGGUGAUGACGAUGUAGACGAAAGAGAAGAUUGUACCAGUACUCUGACAACGAUAACGACUACCAUUCUAAAGAAAAAGUCGAGCUCUGAGAAUCUAAAGAGAGAGAAGCACUGUGCAUCCGAGAGAAAAGGCAGAGAGAAGAGAAAGAACCUAUUGCUUUCUCUGGCUGAUAUGGUCGGUCUAUCCUCUUCAAGAGAUUCUAUGGUUGUAUCCAACGACAAGAACUACGCUGCCUCCAGUACCAAAGAGAAGAAAUCGGCCAACUGUGAUACCAAACCGACUGCUGCCAACAUACUUACCAAAGCCAUAGAUGUCAUUGCCGAACUAAAAGAGAGAAACGAUAUUUUGAUUCAACAAUUGCAACAAUUACAACUAGAACAUCAACAAGUAUCAGAUUCUAACUCUACUUCAAUUACAACUGCUACUUCCACUUCCACUUCAAAUAUAAAUAUUAGAGCUAGUUCUUCUAUGGUACCGAAUACAAGUUCAAAGACAAUAUCAUCGGCAUCAUCAACAACAACACCACCAUCAUCAUCAACCUCUACCAAUACACUACCAUCUUUACUGUGGAUGUUGGCAGAGGUGGGUAUUUACACUAGACAGCAUAGUGCUGAGCUUGAAGUACAUCAUUGUAACAACAACGAUACUAUUUCAUCAGCAUCUUCGUUGCUAAGUUCUUUUGGAUCUCUUCCUCUAUCACCAUUUCUACAAAAAGAUAAUGAUUUUCAUCGUCAUUCAGACAAUAAUUAUCAACAAUUUCACUUUUACAAUCAAAAUUACUUAAUCAAUCCAAUGGAUAGUGAAUAUAGAAGUAAUAUUUUUAAAAAGAUAAUAAAUUCUAAAUGGUUGUGUAGUAAGAUAUUUCAAGAGAUAAGAGAUUUUCAUAGAUUCUAUUGGUCUGGAUUGAGAGAAACUCUAACAUGUAGUUGGGAUGAACUUGGAAUGAUAUGUGAUUGGCAAGAUCUCGGUUGUUUCCCAGAAGAAUUAAUAAGAUUCAAUAUGAAUGAUCGGUACAAAUCGAUAUUCAAUCAUUUAUGCUUAGCAAUCAAAAAUGAUCAAUCUAAUGAUCACGAUGAUAAUGAUGAUAGUCUUACAGUUCUUGAUCACUUUAAGCUACAGUUCAUAAGAUCUCUCAAAACUGCAUCGCUAUAUGGCAAUCAUGACCUCAUUGAGUAUAUAUACAAUCGAUGCGAUCAUAAAGAUCGAAUAGCAAUUGAUUUCAGAUCAAUCUAUAGAUAUGCAAUGAAAGGAGGUCAUCUUUCAAUUAUUAAAUUUCUCAAUGAUAAGAGUAUCAUCGAGUUUCUCAAAGAGAAUAAAAUAGAACAGGUAUUCUCUGUUACGUCCAUUACCAAAGCAGCGAAAAACGGUCAUCUAUCGAUAGUACAGUAUCUCCACGAGAAUAGAAAUGACGGUGCAACAUCGAAAGCAAUGGAUAUGGCAAGUGUUAAUUCACACCUAGACAUCGUGAAGUACCUACAUUUCAAUAGGACCGAGGGUUGCACCUAUUUGGCAAAGAGCAAGUGUAAAUCCAUGGAGAUUGCAGAGUUUCUCUUCACCAAUCGAACAGAACAAUCAUCAUCGUCCUAUAUAGGUGCCAUUGAAUCGGGUGAUCUAAACUUGGUUAAAUACAUCUAUCAAUGUUAUCCGAGUGACUUUUCAGGAGGAGGAGGUAGUCCUAUCGAUUUGGCAAUGGAAAAGGGAUUCUUUGAUAUUGCUGAGUAUCUCGUGGUGAAUGGAAUCGGUCAGUGCAGGAAUUCAACAAUUACAAAUGCUGCAUUUCAUGGUCAGUUCAAUCUUGUAAAAUUAAUUCAUAAACAACUUGCUAGCAGUUCGGCAACAAAAUCGAAUGAAAUCCAUUUGUUUAGUUUCCUACAUGCAACGAAGCAUCGAAAUAACUUGGAGCUUGUUGAGUUCUUGUUUACCAAUAGGUCUGGUGUAAUUACUAGUGCUGCCGUUGAAAAUGCUGCAUCAGUUGGAGAUCUACCAACACUGAGAUUCCUUCUUCAGCACGGUGGAGAGGGUACAUCUAUUGCAUUAACGAAAGCAGUUGUCAACGGUCAUUCCGAAGUUGUAAAGUUUCUUAUAGAGAAUCAAUCAGUGGAAUGUCCACCCAAGCUAUUGGAUACGUUCAAUAUUGAGAAACAUUUCGAAUUGUUUCGAUAUCUACAUUACAAGAGACCGGAUUUGCCGAUUAGGAUUGCUAUGGAUUGUUUGGCAGCUAGUGAGAAUCAAGCAGCAAUGGAAUGGUUCAUCAACAAUCGAACGGAGCGAUUCACCUCGAAUGCCUUUGAGUAUGCAAUCAAACACAACCGACUAUCAAACAUUCAAUGGUUACAACGAAAUUGUAGCUAUUUGCAAUUGGAUGCGAAACACUUUAAGAGUGCUGCGAACCGUGGUUAUUUUGAUAUCGUUCAGUAUCUAAACAGUCAAAACACACCAUAUUCAAAGAAAGUAAUCGAGAAAGCAAUCAAUAGUGCUUCUAUAGAUAUCGUCAAGUUCUUACAUUACAAUCGUAGCGAACCGUGCUACAGCAAAGCAUUUAGGAAUGCAAUUCAAAACAAAGAUCUACCAAUCCUCAAAUUCCUCCUGAUGAACCGUACCGAAGAGACCUAUAUCAAUCCCUCUUCAAAGUUCUACCAUUAUCUUCAAAGAUCAGAAUUCAUAAAGAAAUUAAACAUUUAA